AUGAUAUAUGCGUCCCCCCCCCCUCCCCCCCCCAACCCCCUCCUACCCCUAUAUCUAAAACCUGACUACGCCCCUGUCAGGACCUGGAAAGAUUACGACAAAUCAGCACAUUCACGUUUAGCUUUAUUGUCUUCGCCAGGACUCAAAAGUUCAACAGAUGAAACAGGCGGACAUUUUGGAAAUGGAGUUGGGCUUCUGGAAAAACCACAGCUACAAAUAUCUUCCCCGCCAAGGUUGUACCGCAAGAGGUGGUUGAUGCUGUCCCUGUUUUCUCUGUACUCCUUUAGCAACGCCUUUCAGUGGAUACACCUCAAUAUCAUUGCUGAUGUUAUCGGCAACUACUACAAUGAAAGUUUGCCACACGAUGUUUUUCAGCGUAACACAGCAAUUGAUUGGCUGUCUAUGGUAUACAUGCUGGUAUACAUCCCCUUUAUUAUCCCUGCCACCUGGCUCCUGGACAAGAAAGGUUUGCGAGUAUGUUGCAUUUUGGGAUCUUUCCUAAACGCUGCUGGUGCCUGGCUCAAGUGUGCCAGUGUGUCCCCUGACAGAUUUGGCCUCCUGAUGUUUGCACAAACAUUGUGUGCCAUUUCACAACUGUGCAUCCUGGCGAUCCCUCCAAGACUGGCUGCUGUUUGGUUUGGGCCAGGUGAAGUCUCCACUGCAACAUCUUUUGGUGUUUUUGGAAACCAGCUAGGUGUCGCAGCUGGAUUCCUCAUCCCACCAAUACUGGUGCCAAACUCCGAUAAUCUGGACAGCAUGAGCACUGACUUCAAUAUUAUGUUCUACAGCACUGCGGGUGUCACAACUAUUAUAUUCUUUUCCCUGAUUAUAUUUUUCCAAGAUAAGCCACCACAGCCACCGAGCCGAGCACAAAAACUGGCUGUGGAAGCAGCCAUGAAUGAAAACUACCUGCAGUCGCUGACUCAUCUUCUGAAAAAUGUUGGAUUUUUACUGCUCACACUGGCCUAUGGAAUAAACACAGGGUCAUAUUAUGCCAUAUCUACUGUACUCAAUGCUAUUUUUCUGCAUUACUUUCCUGGUGAAGGAGAAAAUGCUGGAAGAAUUGGUCUUACAAUUGUACUGAUGGGAGUCUUUGGUUCCAUUCUUGCUGGUGUUUGGCUAGACAAGACAAAAACUUAUAAGGGGACAACAGUCGGCAUUUAUUUGUUCACACUUGCUGGGACUCUAGCGUUCACCUUCACCCUAAAUCUCAAUGAAUUGUGGGUUGUCUUUGUUACAGCAGGUGUAUUAGGGUUUUUCAUGACAGGUUAUCUCCCUGUGGGAUAUGAAUUUGCUGCUGAACUGACUUUCCCAGAGUCGGAAGGGACAUCUUCGGGACUUCUGAGUGCAAGUGCACAGGUUUUCGGAAUCAUCUACACUGUCUCAAUGCGUGCUAUGAUGGAGUCAAUCUCAGUAUUAAGUGCUAACAUUACAAUAUGUAUAAGUUUACUGAUUGGAGGAAUCAUUACAAGUAAGUUGGUUGUCCGGUUUGUUUGUUUGUUUGUGUGUUUCUUUUAA